GCACUACCCUGCCAGUGUAGGUGGCAGCGGGAAGCUGGAGCCUGCUCCCCAGAGCCUUUGGAGCAGAUUGCGGAUCUUUGGAGCCCUAUGUCGCUGGCCUCCCAGAACCCAGAACAUGGCAGAUGGGGCGCAGGCCAACCCCAAAGGGUUCAAGAAGAAGGUGCUGGUUAGACACCCCUUUGGGUGGAGGGGCCCAAGUCUCAGAGCCUCGUCUGCUUUGAGGACCUCCAGAUCUAGCCUGGCUCUGAUGAAAUUCCUCACCAUCGCCAUCCUGGCCGGCAGCAUCCUGCCUCUAGCCCACAGCAGCCUGUUCAACCUGAAGUCCAUGGUGGAAGCCAUUACGGGGAAAAACGCCAUCUUGUCCUUCGUGGGCUACGGCUGCUACUGCGGGCUGGGGGGGUUCGGCCGGCCCAUGGAUGAAGUGGACUGGUGCUGCCAUGCCCAUGACUGCUGCUACCAGAAGCUCUUUGACCAGGGCUGCCACACCUACGUGGACCAUUAUGAAUACACCAUCGAGAAUAACACUACGAUUGUCUGCAGAGAUCUCAAUGAGACGGACUGUGACCGGCAGACCUGCGAGUGUGACAAGAGCGUGGCGCUGUGCUUCCAAGACCACACGUACAAGGAGAAGCACCGCAACUUCCUCAAUAUAUACUGUCAGGGCGUCACACCCAACUGCAGCAUCUACGAGCAGCCCCAGGAGAACACGACCAGCAGACCCACCACCCCAACACCCCAGAACACGACCAGCAGACCCACCACACCGGCACCCCAGAACACGACCUGCAGACCCACCACCCCGGCACCCCAAAACAUGACCUGCAGACCCACCACCCUGGCACCCCAGAACACGACCAGCAGACCUACCACCCCGGCACCCCAGAACACGACCAGCAGACCUACCACCCCGGUACCCCAGAACACGACCUGCAGACUCACCACCCCGGCACCCCCUGCACCUCCCUAGCGCCCUCUGGGCUUGGACAGAGAAGCGAGGUGGAGGUUCCUGCUCUGGGGACCAGAUGCAUGGAGCAGGAGGAGUUGGGGGCAGAUGGGCAGCCCACAGGCUGCAGUGCCACCUCCUCCCUGCAGCCCUCCUGGAGCCCCACCCCCACAGGAGUCAGGAAGGCCUGGGCCCUGACUAUGGCCACCGUCUCCUCCAGCUCUGCACUGGGUAUAUCUAAGUCCUGCUGCUGGUCCUGGAUUGGCAGGGAACAUGUGGCUUGUUGGGGUGUCUCCUGAGUGUGGAAGGUGAGGCCUGAGCGAGAGGCCCCAGGCUCCCAGGUCCUGGCAAACAUGAAAGGAGGCAGGGUCUAGCCCUCCGGCCUCUCCCCCUGCGCCCUCCCUUAUGCAGCAGCCAGGCCAGUGGGUGGAAGGAUCCCAGACCUCACUCUCCCUGGGCAGGGAGAGGCGAGUCUGCAGCCCAGGUUAGAAGUUUUCUCAAUGGGGAGGAGCCUGAGGGCUGAGACCCACCUGCCACCAAAGGCAGGACUGGGGGUGGGGGGUCAGGCAGGAGGCGGUGUGGAAGCUUCAGGAAUGCAGUAGGGAGGGUAGGGAGGGGAGAAGGUGGGAGAGAGGGGAGACGAGGUGAGGAACAGCUGUCCAGACCAGAGUGGUCUCGGCAGCACAGGCAGGGCAGGGAAGCAUUGCGGAUGCAGGACCCCCUUGAGCCCGGGCUCCCAAUGAUUCCUGCGGGACUGUGGGCAGAGGCGGAGCAGGAUCAGGCCUCAGCAGGGCCAGCCUUCCGGACUCUGCCCAGCAGGGCUGUCUCCCCAAGGGCACCUUCCCCCUGUCCUCCCUUGCCUUACCUCUUGACCCAGAGUCAGCGUCCUCCAAGUAGCCAGUGCCCUGCCUUACCCCCGCCUUCUGCCUUUGUUCAAUGUCAACCCUGAGCACCCACUGACACCGCGCUGUGACCUGCCUGGACACCAAGAACAGCCACCAGGAAGUUCGACCUGACCUGGCAGUGCCCCCAAAGACCACGGGCACUGGUGGAGGGAUAGCCAAGAAAGGUGGAGACAAGGAGAGGUGUGGGGGUGGGGAGAGAACGUCUAUGAAAAAGAUGCCAGGACUGGAUAGAAGCCAACUGCAGCUUCUAGAACACCAGCCUUCCGGACUGAGGGUGGAGCUGUCCCUGGAGUCAGUUGUCACUCUAUGUGGGAGGAAACCCUUCCACUGCUGGCCGUGGUGUGAUGGCUGUGGUCCCCAUGUACCCUGACCGACCUGCUCCAACUCCCUCCUCCUCACCAUCCAGGACUAAUCCCGUCAUUUCUGAGGGAAGCCCUCAUCAAGCCCAGGUGGAGCCAGGACAGUGCGCCUGGAGCGCCCCCUGGAGGCAGGGACUGCAGAGGCCUGGCCCCUUGGCUGUGGGAGCCCAGGUGGUACCCCACACGUGUGCACACAUCCUCCCCUCCUGAAAGCCUGGACCAGCAUUUGGAAUGAGAUUCUGCUACGAAGGAUCUGCCUGCACCCCACCUCACCCCAGACUCUCCCGGAUGUUGCAACCCCCAGAGACCCCCGCCCCAAAGGACACAGCAUGCCCUCCUCAAACUAAUAAAGACCUCCUGUCUCAACUCCCCACUGCUGCUGGUCCUCCUUGGCAUGGUAUUCACUGGCCAGGCGUCAGGAGAGGGCACAGUGAUUCCCUCUGGACGCUGAAGCUCUGGGGAAAGUGGGUUCCCUGCCACCCAGCAACUGGCAGGGCGAAGUGGCCCGGCUCCUGCAGAGGCAAAUGUUGGGAAGGUUGGAGAUGGGGCCGAGACCACAGGCCCCAGGGUCCAGCGGUCGGACAAUAACAACGACUACUGGGCUGAGGGCUUGUUGUCAGGUGUCAGUCCCCCCAGACCAUCCCUUUCCAUUGAACUGAGGCCCAGAGAGGGC